GGCACCAGAGCCCCUGGUCUAUUUUUACCUCCAUCGCUGAGGCGACCAGAAUUGGGAGCCUGCCCUCCUCGACGCAGCCUGUUAUCAAUCUCCUUCUUUAAUAUUAACCCUCCUCUUCCUCUUGCGAUCUCCUCUGAGUCAUUGCCCCUCCCCCUCCCUCGCACAGCACCCCCCCUCCUCUUUUCCUCGCCAUCGUUCUGCCUCCAGUGUUUUCACAGCAGACAGAAGACAAGCGGCAGGAUGUCGAUUGUCAGCAUUGUUGCCAGGGAGAUCCUGGAUUCCCGGGGGAACCCAACCGUUGAAGUGGACCUUCGUACAGAGAAAGGUCUGUUUCGGGCUGCUGUUCCCAGCGGUGCGUCCACAGGGAUCUACGAGGCUCUGGAGCUUCGCGAUGGAGACAAGAGUCGCUACAAAGGCAAAGGUGUUUUGAAAGCUGUGGGACACAUCAAUGACACCCUGGGCCCAGCACUCAUUGCUUCUGGCAUCAGUGUGGUGGAGCAGGAGCAGUUAGACAACACCAUGAUUGAAAUGGACGGCACAGAAAAUAAAUCUCAGUUUGGAGCCAACGCCAUCCUGGGUGUGUCGCUGGCCAUCUGCAAGGCGGGCGCCGCUGAGAAAGACGUGCCUCUCUAUCGCCACAUCGCCGACCUGGCAGGAAACACGGAGCUGGUUCUUCCGGUGCCUGCCUUCAACGUGAUCAAUGGAGGCUCUCACGCUGGGAACAAGCUGGCCAUGCAGGAGUUCAUGGUUCUGCCUGUUGGCGCCGAGUCAUUCAAGGAGGCGCUGAGAAUAGGGUCGGAGCUCUACCACACGCUGAAGGGUGUGAUCCAGGAGAAGUACGGCCAGGACGCCACCAACGUGGGCGACGAAGGAGGGUUCGCCCCAAAUAUUCUCGAGAACAGCGAAGCGCUGGAGCUCCUGCAAACGGCCAUCGAGAAGGCCGGUUUCACCGACAAGGUCGUGGUCGGAAUGGACGUCGCUGCGUCCGAGUUCUAUCGUGAGGGAAAGUACGACCUGGACUUCAAGUCUCCGCCUGAUCCAGAGCGACACAUCAGUGGCGAAGCUCUGGCUGACAUCUACCAGGACUUUGUCAACAACUACCCAGUGGUUUCCAUCGAGGAUCCGUUCGACCAGGACGACUGGGAGGCGUGGACCCGCCUGACGGCCCAGGUCGGGAUCCAGGUCGUCGGGGACGACCUGACGGUGACGAACCCGAAGAGGAUAGAGAAGGCGGCGGAGGAGCGAGCCUGUAACUGCCUGCUGCUCAAAGUCAACCAGAUCGGAUCAGUGACGGAGGCCAUCCAGGCAUGUAAGCUAGCACAGGCUAACGGCUGGGGUGUGAUGGUCAGCCAUCGCUCAGGCGAGACGGAGGACACCUUCAUCGCCGACCUGGUGGUUGGACUCUGCACCGGACAGAUUAAGACCGGCGCCCCCUGCAGAUCUGAGCGGCUGGCCAAGUACAACCAGCUGAUGAGGAUCGAGGAGGAGCUGGGCGACGCGGCUCGCUUCGCAGGCCACAACUUCAGGAACCCGAGCGCCCUGUGAACCAGAAUGAACCACACCAACGCACACACUUGAACGCAGAGCGAGCCAUGUACAAAAACACACUCAAGAGCCACGCAAAGUUAAUAUGCACUAAAGUUACUAGUCGUAGGGAGACAACGCUGUACAGACACACACACAGGAACAUGCAGGGAAAACUGUAAUAAUAAGAAACUAAGCCAGACUUGCACUGUUACUGUAUUUUUGAGCAGAACUGCAGCAGAAAAAAAAGGUGGAAUCAUCAACACGGAGAGAACCUAGCGGUUUCAGGGACCCAAACUCCUGCAGCUCAUUUCUGUCUCUUACGUUUUUCGUCUGCACUUUUGUCUCUGUUUUUCUUCACGUCCUCGCCCUGAUGAAUGAUAAUAAAUAAUCCAUGAGUACGUAAUGUUCCCCACGAUGGAGGGUGGAUAUGAAAAUAAAAAACAAUAAAGCUUGGCUGUGACAAUGAAAUAAAAUAUUAACCAUU